GCCUGCCUCCUACCUCCUGCCUCCAUCACAUGGUCCAGAGCAAUCGCGAGCACAGAUGGACAGGAAAGGAAACCGAGAGAUGAGCCUCUGGUAGCGCGAGAAGCAUCUUCUAAAAUAGAAACAGAAGCCGCUACUUCUGCUCCAGAAACGGAAAACUACAGUUUUGCACAGUGCUAUACUGAUUUCGCGUUUUAUAUCGCAGAAAAUUGAGGGAUGGUUGUGAGUGAGUGAGGAGGGCGGAUCUUUGCAGAGAAUGCUUGCAAAAGCCAAGGCGUGCGCUGUCCCAAGAGAACUCAUUUGAAGAGCUUGCAGACAGAGAGAGAGAGAGAGACCGGAAUGCCGGGCAACAUCGCUCCUCCGGUUCACCUGCGAGGCUGAGUUUUCCUGAGCACCCUCUGUCUGUGAGUGUGUGUCUGAGUGUGUGUGUGUCUUAGUGUGUGUGUUAUGGCCUCUGGGACGGACGGCUCAUACCGUAAGAUGCUAAUGCUAGGGACCAUCGCCGCGGCGUCAGCCUUCGUGGUCACAAUCUUCAUCGUGGUGGUCUGUGUGGGCUGCCAGAGGAAAAACAAGACCAAACAUCCUGCGUCCAAUGGAGAGAAGGGCACCUCAGUAGAAAUGGGUGCUCUCCGUCAGCCCAAGAACAGUUCCAUGAGUAAAUCUGACACCAGGUUGCAUGAGAUCAAUCGCCUGCCCUGCAACGGCAACAGUGGGGGUAAGAACCGUCCAGCCAGUAUGGACCUGCUCCUCCUCCACAGCCGUCGCUCCACGUCUGACCUCCGCCCACCCCUGGUCCGCCAGCUCCCCCAGAUCCCCAACAGACCAGUGGGGAAGGGAGACCCCGAGGGGGGAGACAUUCGGGGAGGGGGAGACGGGGUCAGAGACCACACCUACACUGAGGUGGGAAUCCGGAACUCACCCGUCCGUUGCCUUGAUGAUGGGCUGUAUGAGGUUGUAGGGGUUCGAGAGGCAGACACGGUGCCCCCCGCUCCCCCUCCCACGUCGGCCAACACCCCGGCAACACUAAGGGCCUCACAGAGCCCCAAUGGGACCCGCACCAACGUGGUCCGAAACGGGAUUGGAAACGGGAAUGGGAAGGGCAGAGGGAACGGCAGAGGGGGUGUUAAUGGCUGUAGCACUCUUGGUAGAGGAGGAGGGAAGGGGCCCAAUGGUGCUAACGGUGUUAACGGAUCUAGCGGCUCGCUCUUGUCCUCCCUUCCCUCCCUGGCCAUUCAGGACCCAGUAACGGCAGAGUACGCCUCCAUCCGGAAGGUCAAGAAGGUGAACAAGGCAACGAAGAACGAGAUAGGGAACACAGAGUCAGAUGAUCAAUCAAGUGUCCAAUCAAGUGUGGGAGAGUCACCCUCUGCCCCGCCCCUUCUGCUGCCCCGCAGCCAGGAGUUUCCACGGAAACAGCUGGAGCCAUUCCACCUGCACGUCUUCCCAAAGGAGACGGUGUUCAUGGGGAACGGGGAACAGUACAUCUGGAAGCCCCCAGAGGAUGAUGACAUCAUCACCCUGCACCGAGCGCCUGCACCCCCGGGGGAGAACGGACAGGGAUACAUACCUACAGCCAUGGAGAUCACAGACACCUACUCCACCGUGUGUAAACCACAGAAGAAGAAACCUUCCCCAGACCACAGUGCAGCCAAGACCCUCCCCCGCAACCACUGCCCUGGGGGGAAGAAUGGAGGAGGUAGGGGAGGAGGAGCAGGAGGGAAUGAGGGAGGGAACGGGACGUGGGGUGGCGGUCGGGAGAUCCAGGGUGGCCAGGCCCGAUCCCAUGAGGAGCCCUGCUACGAGCCCGUCGGCGACAAGUCCUGGCCCACCUGUGUGGUGGCCGAGCCGGACCCGGCGUACACCACUAUCGACUCCCACCGGAAACGUGAGUGGGCAGGAACCAAUAACGGUGCGCUGGGGGCGAACGCUACACUAAAGCCCAGGAAGAAGCCUCCUCAGCAGGGAGCAUCGUCUCCAGAGGCCCCAUGCCCCCAGGAACCUCCAGCAUGCCCCCCGGCCCCUCCAUCUAGGGCCUUGCCUGGGGAGGAGAACUUCUAUGAGACCAUCAGCGAUGUGAAACAGGGGGCCAACAGUGCCAGCACCACCACCAUCUUCACCUUCAACGACGGGAUGGAGAUGUACGUCACUGGCCUGUAGCUGAGAGACACUGGCUCACACACACACACACACACACACACACACACACACACACACACACACACACACACACACACACACACACACACACACACACACACACAUACACAAGUUUUAGAAACUUCAGAGUGUUUUCUAUCCAAUAAUAUGCAUAUAUUAGCAACUGGGACUGAGGAGCAGGCAGUUUACUAUGGGCACCUCUGUGCACCUUUCAUCCAAGCUACUCAAUACUGCCCCUGCAGCCAUAAGAAGUUAAAUAUAUUGCUAGAAUUCACCUUGUCUAUAGAGAUUUACACCAGGGUAAGCCUACACGAAACACACGAACCACAGCCCUUAUUGGAAGUGUUUCUAAAAACUCAUGGAACCAUUCCCCUGUUUGACCUCUAGGUGUUAAGGGUAUUGGUUUUUGCCGUUUCACUACACAGCUGAUUCAAAUAACCAACUCAUCAUCAAGCUUUGAUUAUUUGAAUCAGCUGUGUAGUGCUAAGGCAAAAACGCACCCAGGGGGGCCCCAGGACCAACUUUGGGGAAACAUGCUCUUUACCAACGAGUGAAAUCAAGCAGCAAGUGUUAUGCAUUCAAACAGUAUCUCAACCCAGGGUCAGGCACCAGACCCAACCAGUGGUGGGAACGGGUCAGACUGUGGAAGCCCAUAUAGGGGUUCCAGGCCAGUUGAACAUUGGAUAGGAGCCCAGGUCAUUUAUCAGACACUCUUGUACACAGUAGAGCAACUUACAGCAGUGAGUACAUACAUUUUCUUACUGGUCCCCCAUGGGAAUUGAACCCACAACCCUGGCAUUGCAAACUCCAUGCUCUUCCAACUGAGCCACACAGAAGAACCUGAGGGGUUUCCCCUCAUUUUCACCCCUGGACUCAACAGAACCCUAUCUACCCUGCAUCUCUGAGCUUUACCGCAGAGCCAGUCUGGCUAACCCAGUCUGGACUGCACCCUCUCAGCCAGACUCAAACAGGUCCCAACCAGACCAGACUGAGCAUCAUGUUAUGAACUGGAUGACAGUGUCACUGUUCACCUUACCUUACCAUUUGUGUGACAUUUUACAUAUAGAUUUAUUUUUGUAUAAAUAUGGUACCGUUAAUAAAGCAUGGCUUGUGUACAGAGCGACACACAAUCCCCCAAAAUAACAUAACACACAAUAACAGAUACACACACACACACACACUGUACGCAAACAUUGUUGUGUAUGAAAACACAUUCUCACAAAGAUGACAGAGAGUAGAAGUGUGUAGACUCCAGGAUGGCUUCACUUCUAAGUUCCAACCCCCUGAUGACAUUACUGAUGAUGUCACUGGUGGUAAAAAGGGUUUGAAUAUAUUACUGAUUUUAACAAGUUUAAAUCCACGCCUCAGAGACUCAUGGAAGGAUUAAACACAAACACAUACAGACACACACACACACACACACACACACACACACACACACACACACACACACACACACACACACACACACACACACACACACACACACACACACACACACACACACACACACACACACACCUUGUGCUGGGAAUUAUGUAAUAGAAGCAGAUGGGAGUCUGGGAGAUUGGCUGUGGUUAGCUCUCCUUAAGCAAACAUAUCAAACAGGUCCUCUCUCUGUUGCUGGGCAGGGCAGAUAUGGUUUGACUUUGAGCGAAAAAUCUGACAUGUAGCCUAGGUCUAUACAGUACGUGUACGUUAACAUGCUCUGACCUGGAGGAGGUGAUCUUGGCUCCAAACCAACACUCUCCUGUACACUCUUUACUCCUUGGUAUUCAAGGUAGAAGUUGCCCCUAACCACAGAUACACACACUGAAGAUGUCUUGUAACUGGAAGGGUCUUUGUAUGAAGGAGUCAUAGAGCAAUCACUCACUAUACAUCUGAAGUACAUGCAUCAGAGUUAUAUGCUGGGAGAUCUUGACCAACUUUCUGACUCUGAUAUUCAUCUUGUAGAGUUGUAUUGAGCUCAGCCGGUUGAUAGGGCAGGGUAAAAUGGCCUUGUUCUUGUUGUCAGUGGUGACACAGUUCAAGCGAAGCAGUGGUCCGCCUCAGGUUGCCUCACACUGUUAAUUCCAUCCAGAACCACUGAGCUUUAACCACAGUGACUGACCACAGAGCAACAACUGACACACUUAUAGGGACAGUUUGACCCCACACCUAAGUCUUCCCUUUUCACAUCUCAAAAGUGGUCUAAUGUCGAGUGGAAUCCAAAUAACACACGUUCUGUGGUGUAGUCUUAUUCUCAAAUGAAUGGGGGUGAUUGGCACCAUAUAAGUAGAAUUUUGGGGUGAGCUGUCAUAAAGAGUACUGAUUUGGCUAUACUUUAGUCAGAUUUAAUUUAUUGUAAGUUGUUAUUCACGUUCUUUGUUUUCAAAACUCCUGGAGCUUAAAAUAAUGUUAUUUGCAUGGCAAAACACACACGCAAUCUUGGCAGAGAUACACAGGGCAAAGCCAACGGGUCAGGGACACGGCGUGGGCUGGGGAGAUCUUUCUCUGAAGGAGAAAGGCAACCGAUUUCACAAUCUCUGCCCAGGACCUCUGGGGCAUUGCUAACAUUUUAUUUUAUGGCCAAGGUAAUGGAGUCUUGGAGAGUUGUAGGGCUAUUGGCGGUUUCAUGGAGUUACUGCAGUGAAGGCCGUUUGUGUAGCAGGCUCCUGAUUCGCUUCACAGGCUGAAGUCAAUGCCAGGACUCUACUGCUGCACUCUGGGCCGCAGUCUGUCUGUCGGUUGGAACAGCCAUUGAGGGGUUGGAAUCCAAAGAAAAUAUAGUGUUGGGCAUAAAAUGACCAGUGAGCGUCUUUUGCCUGUGCUGAAAGUUGUGUUCUAUUGUAAACAAGCUGUUUCCCAUGUAGCUCUUGGGGGAAAUGUGAUGUAUGAACUUAAGAAGAAAAACAGUGACAUUAGGGUUUAAUAAAGGGGUGUUUUCAAGUCAAAAUGUAAAGAGGGACACAAAGUGCUCAGGGACAGAGAGGUAUAUGAGGGAUGAAUAACAGCAGUAUGUGUUAGGCCAUCUAACGUUAGGAGAGCGCGUGGAAGAUGUAGUUCUAUAAGAUGUAUAGGUGUGUAUAGGUUUACUAUGAAAUACAUCUUAUGAAAUGCAUUCUGUAUUUUCUUAAUGCAGUUUAUGUAAAAAGAAAUGUUUACCUAUUGUGUUUAAAUAGCUUAUGCCACUGCCAUGGAGACGCUACGUGUACUGUGUUUAAUACUAUUGGUGCAAUUUUCCUGCUUGAAACAUAAUGCAUGUUUUUGACCAAAUGAAAAAAGAAAAUACUGUAGUACUUUAUUUACUUCCUAAUGUUUGUUUUUUGUUUUCCUGUUUUGUCAUGGGAGAAGAAAAAAAACAUUCCAAUUGUGGAUUAGCUCUGGCUGAGAGAGAGAGCGAGAGAGAGAGAGAGAGAGAGAGACAGACACACACACACCUUCCUCUCUCCAUGCUCCAAAUUAUGAAACUGUCAGGAGGUUGCCAGUAGGAGGGAGGAAGCAUACUCUGGUUCUACUCCCUGUAUUAUCCUCCCUCUCUUCUCUCUUUUUCCGCUCUUAUCUCCUCUCUCUUUUCCCCUCUCCUCUCUGUGCUGGUGGAGAUGGGCCUUUGAUGUUGCUUCUUCUGAGGGACCAAGGGAGCGAUAUGGGGGUGGAGGGGAAGAGGGACUGCCUGGGGGUCAUGCCGACCCUGCAUGCUUUCAACAUCAAUAGUGCAGUUUUAUUGGUGUGUGUGAUAUGACCAAUGACUAACAGCUGAGAUGAUUUAAGCAGCUUUGGGAACAUAUAUUUUGUCAUCCAGCACUGCCACUGCUAGUCUCCUGAGGAAAUUCACAAACUUUUCAUUCAACCCGUUUAGCACAGACUAAAUUGACAAAGACAUGGACGGACCAGGACCAAAUGAAAGCUAAACAGUACUUUAAAAUAUAUUUUGAAAAUGCAUAUUAUGGCAAAUAAUGUAUUGUGCAUCAAUUCAUUUCAUUUUGCCUCUCAGUUUAGCACAAACAUAUCUGACAAAGACACGCUCACAUAAAUAGCCUACAUUUUGAGGCAUGCAUCAUGUGAAAUAUUGUUGUUUUGAUGUUCUACAGAACUAUUUGUUAUUGGUUGAAUGCUGAAAGACUUGAUGUUAGUUGAUAUAUUGAUGGUUAUCACAAAUGUUGUGGUUUUACGUUGGAGCAAUGAUGAGCUAGUCUACUUUUCAAGAAUCGCUGAUGUUCAAUUCUCAAUGGCUGACGCUCUCUUUCAAUCUAUCUUGUGAAUUGAAAUAAUGAGAAAUAUAGUUGAUUUUGGUUGGUUUCUGUGUAGCAGGUAGAACGUCACAUUGAUGGCACAUUGAUGAUGACGCGUGUAGUGGAGCAGAAGUGUUAUCCCCUAUAUUAAUUCUAAUAUUUUCCAAUAAUUGGUUUAUGGGCCUGUGAACGCCAACGGCUUGUGAGUGGCAGCGCUGUGGCCUAUGUUGUAUUUUGGUUUUAAGAUGACACAGGGUUUUAACGUGGAAAACAAUAUAAUAGAACAUAAUGUGAAAAUGUGCAAAAGAUUGUAAAUGUUUUAUAAUCAUUCAUAAAAUAUAAAAGUCUCAAGUUUUUACUUUUGUAAUAAAGUAGCACCUUAAAAUGUG